UUUAAUUGUAACUUUAAUAACUUUAAAACUUUAAUCUUAACUUUAAUCAGCUAUGUAGAGAGCAGUAGGAGAACACAGCAGAGUUAGAAUAGUUGUGUCCUCCUGCAUGCUGUAACAACUAGUAGCUCAAGAUGACCUGAGCAUGCUUACUAUAACAUUUAUUAAGAUAAAUGAAUAAUGUGCCGAGUCAGCUGUGUCUCAGACAGAGAAACUGCUUCCGGCUUCACUUAUUCCCGUCUUUAUUCAGACAACCAACUAAACGCCUGUUAGUGUGAUCGACAUGGCGAGUCGAAAGCGACCCAUGGGGCCAGCUGCUAGCUCGGAUGAGGAGUUCAAAACCCCGGAGAAGAGAGCGUCAGUGGUCCGAGGCUCGCCUCUGGUCUCCGGCUUCAUGCGGUGGGGAGUCGAGGAAACCUGUCGGUACCUGCAAAGAGAAGGACUUGAAGAGUGGAAGGACAAGUUCAGAGCUGAGAGGAUUACAGGUGUGGGACUGAGGUGCCUCAAGGAUGAAGACCUGGAGAAGAUUGGCAUAAAGUGUCUCGGUGACCGUCUAAAGAUUCUGCACAGCCUCAGGAAACUGUGGCAGAUAGAAGCUGAGCCCAGCAAGGUCUUCAAUGAUCCCAUCCAUGGCCACGUGGAGCUGCACCCGCUUCUCAUUAAGAUCAUCGACACGCCUCAGUUUCAACGACUUCGAAACAUCAAGCAGCUUGGAGGGACGUAUUACGUUUUUCCUGGGGCCUCCCACAACCGCUUUGAACACAGCAUUGGGGUUGGGUAUUUGGCUGGACGACUUGUUCAAGCUCUCAACGAGAAACAACCAGAGCUCCUCAUCUCUCGCAGGGACAUUCUUUGCGUGCAGAUCGCUGGACUCUGCCAUGACCUCGGACAUGGACCUUUUUCCCAUAUGUUUGAUGGCAUGUUUAUACCCAAAGCACGUCCAGGAAUUAAAUGGAAGCACGAGGCUGCCUCUCUAAAAAUGUUUGACUACCUUGUGGAUGACAACUGCCUGAAACCGGUCAUGGAGAAGCACGGUCUGGUGCUGCCAGAGGACCUGAACUUUAUCAAGGAGCAGAUCGCAGGACCGACAGAGAGCAGCUCAGGUCAAGGAGAGAAGUGGCCGUACAAAGGUCGUUCUAAAGACAAGUCCUUCCUCUAUGAGAUUGUCGCCAACAAACGGAACGGUAUCGAUGUGGAUAAAUGGGACUAUUUUGCAAGGGACUGCUAUCAUUUGGGCAUCCAGAACAACUUUGACUAUCGGCGUUUCCUAAAAUUUGCAAGGGUCUGUGAAGUGGAUGGACAGAAACACAUCUGCACAAGAGACAAGGAGGUGGGCAAUCUGUACGACAUGUUCCACACUAGGAACUGUCUCCACAGAAGAGCCUACCAGCACAAAGUGGGCAACAUCAUCGAGACAAUGAUCACUGAAGCAUUUUUAAAAGCAGAUCCACACAUCCACAUUGAAGGCUCUGAGGGAAAAAUCUUCACUCUGUCCACAGCCAUUGAUGACAUGGUGGCCUACACAAAGCUGACAGAUAAUGUGUUUGAACAGAUCCUGAACUCGUCCUCUCAGGAGCUUGCAGAAGCAAGGCUGAUACUGCGCAAAAUCAUCCGCCGGCAACUCUACAAGUGUCUGGGUCAAACCCAGCCAGACAAAGCCCUGACCGUCACUCAGGAAAAUAUUCGCAUUUGGGAGGCAGAUUUGGCUCAGUCCAUCCCCCACAGUGGCUCUCGUGAUGUUGUUCUUCAGCCAGAGGACUUUGUUGUCAGCGUUAUCACGAUGGACUAUGGGAUGAAGGAAAAGAACCCCAUCAAUAACGUGCGUUUUUACUGCAAGGAUGACCCAACAAAAGCCAUAAAAAUCAAUAAAAACCAGGUGUCUAAACUUCUCCCAGAGCACUUUGCUGAACAACUGAUCAGGGUGUACUGCAAGAAGACAGAUGAGAGGACCCUGGAGGCCGCCAAGAAGCACUUUGUUCAGUGGUGCAUGGAUAGGAACUUCUCAAAGCCUCAGGAUGGAGAUGUCAUAGCACCUGAGCUGACUCCUCUGAAACUCAGCUGGUGCACAAACAAUGAAGGCGAGGACAGUGAUGGCUGCAGCUCCAAAGAAGCAAACGUUCACAUGAACGGACUCAGUAAAGCAAAGACUCAGCUUAACUUUCAGUGAACGGAGAGAGACAGCUGCCCCUUGUUGCACAUAAGUAAACAGAUGAGUGUUGCAUGACAAGUGUAUUUUUCUACAAGUCGAGUUCGUUGAAGAGCCCAGCAAAUAGCUUUUUAGACAAAACACAGAAAGUA